AUGCUGAAAUCUCGCUGGUCGGCCAUCGCCAUGAAGCUGUCCCCGUGGCCAGAAGAUCUCGUCAAGAAGCUCGAGAGCAGCAUCGAUGUCAGGAAUCUCUCCGAGGAUCAGUGGAGCCAGGAGUUGUUCAUCAGAAUCAGACGACUCGCCAAGGAGCAACAUUUUGAAGGAAAGCGCUUUCAUUUAUGCUUACUGGCUGCUGGGUCUCGCAACCUGUGUAGAAUCCUGACCCUGACUCAGUAUGCUUGCCAACUACCUGACAUUCAUAUUAUUUUUUCUCCGAGUCAAGCCCAAACUCAAGCAAAAUUCAAAGAAAACCUCUUCCUGUCAAAAGUCGUGCUCGCACGAUCCCUCACUUUCUCCAAGGUCCAGAACAUCACCGCCAUUUUAUCUCAACUCGCCACUUGGAAACGCGUCCAACUGGUGAUCGAAAAUCUCAAGAAAAUACCGAAUAGUGUUUAUAUCGCCAUCAGUUCUAGAGGAAUCAUUCAGUUCUGCUCUUGGGGUUGCUCGCUGGAAUUGACGCUGUCUAGGAGUUCUAGUGUAAAAGUAUCACAGUUUCCGAGUGAAUUCAUUUCGCAAUCUAAUCGUCUUCUGAUAGAAGAAUACUCGAACGCCCACGACUUCAACAACAUCAACAUCGCCCUGUGCGACGAUGCACGAUGCUUCGACACCCAACGCCGUGCUCAAAAGCUCAAUGAAAUCAAAUUGAAAGCCGCUCGUUUGCACCAGCUCAAAGGGGGAUCGGCAAAGGGCUACCGCCCAAUUACUCGUGAACCUUUUGAUACCUCUAAGACUCCGCAAUUGCUGGAGAUUCUUAACAGGUGUCAAAUGCUCGAAAAGUGUUGUAAAACUGUCAAUAGUUCAAAGUGA